AUGAGCUGCCAGCUUUUCACCUAUGGAGGGUGUAAGGGCAACCAGAACAACUUUAAAACUGAGAAAGAGUGUGUGCAGAAAUGUCCUGAAGAGGUCUGUGAACAAACACCAGAAAUAGGUCCAUGUCAUGCUACCAUUCCACGUUACUUCUACAACUCCCCCUCAAUGAGCUGCCAGCUUUUCACCUAUGGAGGGUGGGGCAACCAGAACAACUUUAAAACUGAGAAAAAGUGUAUGCAGAGAUGUCACACUGACGAGGUCUGUGAACAAACACCAGAAAUAGGUCCAUGUGAAGCUUACUUUCCACGUUACUUCUACAACUCCUCCUCAAUGAGCUGCCAGCUUUUCACCUAUGGAGGGUGUGGGGGCAACCAGAACAACUUUAAAACUGAGAAAGAGUGUAUGCAGAGAUGUCACACUGACGAGGUCUGUGAACAAACACCAGAAAUAGGUCAAUGUCGUGCUUACGUUCCACGUUAUUUCUACAACUCCUCCUCAAUGAGCUGCCAGCUUUUCACCUAUGGAGGGUGUGGGGGCAACCAGAACAACUUUAAAACUGAGAAAGAGUGUAUGCAGAAAUGUCCUGAAGAGGUCUGUGAACAAACACCAAAAAUAGGUCUAUGUCAUGCUACCAUUCCACGUUACUUCUACAACUCCCCCUCAAUGAGCUGCCAGCUUUUCAUCUAUGGAGGGUGUGGGGGCAACCAGAACAACUUUAAAACUGAGAAAGAGUGUGUGCAGGAAUGUCACACUGAUGAGGUCUGUGAACAAACACCAAAAAAAGGUCCAUGUCAUGCUUACGUUCAACGUUACUUCUACAACUCCUCCUCAAGGAGCUGCCAGCUUUUCAUCUAUGGAGGGUGUAAGGGCAACCAGAACAACUUUAAAACUGAGAAAGAGUGUAUGCAGAGAUGUCACACUAAAUGUGAGGAAUGA